GACUUUAAACAGAGGUGGAGGGUCAGGUGACGCAGACAACGCUCUUCUUCCUGGAAGGAAGCAAAGGAACUGCAAAAAUGGCGAAAUUCUUCACACAAGUUCAAAUCAAUGAGUUCAAGGAGUGCUUCUCUUUGUAUGACAAGAAGCAAAAGGGCAAGAUUGAUGCCAAAGAUGUGAUCACAGUUAUGCGGUGCCUGGGUACAAGCCCCACGUUUGGUGAAAUUGAAAGACAUCUGCAAGUUCACAAAAUUGAAAAGACAGGUGAGCUGGACUUCUCCAUGUUCCUGACAAUGAUGCACAGACAGAUACAACAGGAAGACCCCAAGACAGAAAUCUUGCAGGCCUUGAGGAUGACAGACAAGCAGAAGAGAGGCUACAUCCAGGCAUCUGAGCUCCGAGCCAAACUCACCAUGUUAGGAGAGAAACUCACAGACAAAGAAGUGGAUGAGCUCUUCAAAGAGGCAAAUGUGAAGUCGAACGGGACUAUCAACUAUGAGGACUUCACCCAGAUGGUGACGCUGCCACCUGUUGAUUACUGAUUCUUCAAGGAAAAAAACCACGGCCAUGGAUGGGAAUUGACUUUACAUACUGACUGCAGUACGUAACUAAAUCUACAUGUUGACAAGACCAGUUCUGUUCUGGCAGACUUUUGAGACUGAAAACUUCACUUUGUUUUUUUCCUCAUGAUUAUUCACUGAUUAUUUUAUUAAAAGCGGAAUCUGUUUCCUCCAACUCUUUCCAUCAGUUUCAUCUAUGACUGAACCCAUUGUGAAGCACUCCUAUAACCAACACUGUGAUAUGGUUUAGCGUGUUAUUCUUUGAUAGGAUCAAAACCAUUGAAUCCUUAGUUCACCUUUUCUCAAGCCUGACCUUCAACCGAACCAAAUUAGUUUGAACAUCCAGUCUGAUAGUUUGUAUGUGUACUUCUGAUGUAGUUUUUGUUCAUGUGGCAAUGUCAACUUUCCACACAUCAGUAUUACAUUAGCUUCUCUUCUUAAGCUAUCCGUUUCAACAAGUUUUAUUUAGUAGUGUUAAGCACAGUAUAUAAAUAUCCAUAGGCAAUAUAACAUAUCACUGAUUAAUAAAUGCAUAACAUUUUCUCCAAAA